UUAUUCAUUUGUUUCACAUUCAAAGCUGUCCUCCACUCCUUUCCAUCUGUUCAUCUAUGCCGGUAAUCUGUUACAACAUUAACAAGUAGUAGUCGGGCUUGGAGUGGGAAGAACGAGAAGUAAUGGCGGCAUUGUCGCUUCAAGCUGGGAAUAGCCUUCUCUGCCAGCAGCAGCGACUCUUAUGGAAAAUUUCUUCUAUGGAUCCAAGUCUAUAUGAGAGAAAAUUGAUUAAAAUCCAUUCGAGAAAAUCCCUGAUAUGUUGCUCUCGGAACGCUUUUGCGUUGGAUUAUAUCCCAGAGUAUAAGAUGAAGAUCGCUCGAGAGCUGGAAGUCAUGUUUGGUGUGGAAGAUUAUAUUCCUUCCAAGGAGCUCGGACUCAAGUUUGGUAUUGGAGAUUCUCUUGCUUUCAAGGAUUUUGAAUCGCUUUCACGGCAUCUAUCUAUCACGGAUUUGGAGACCGAUUUGCAGAAUUCGCUUAACCCUAGCUCUCGAUUUCGUGUCGCGUACCAGGGAGUUGAAGGUACCUCCAGUGAAUCAGCGGCUGAAAAGGUGUACCCGAAUUGUGAAGCUAUUGCGUGUGAACAAUCCGAGACUGCUUUCAAUGCUGUUGAAAAUUGGCUUGUUGAUAGAGCAGUUUUACCAAUUGAGAAUUCUCUUGGGGGGAGCAUCCAUCAAAAUCAUGAUCUCUUACUUCGACACAGUUUACAUAUUGUUGGGGAAGUAUACCUUAAACUCCGACAUUGCUUGCCUGCCAAUUAUGCUGUUGCAUUGGAAGAUCUAAGACAUGUUAUUAGCCAUCCACAAGCUCUUGCUCAAUGUGAGAACACAUUAACAAAGAUGGGAGUCAUCGGAGAAGCUGUAGAGGAUACUGCUGGUGCUGCUCAGAGUAUUUUUGCCAACAAAUUCCAAGAUGCGGGGGCAGUUGCUAGCUCUAAAGCUGCACAGAUCUACGGGUUGAAUAUUCUUGCUCACAAAAUUCAGGAUGACACUAUCAAUGUUACACGGUUUUUUAUGCUUGCAAGAGAUCCCAUUGUUCCAAGCACUGACAGGCCAUUCAAGACAAGUAUAGUUUUCUCCAUCAAGGAGGGACCUGGUGUUCUUGCCAAUGCGCUAGCUGUUUUUUCAACGAGGGACAUCAACCUCACAAAGAUCGAGAGUCGCCCCUUGCAUAAACAGCCCUUGCUUGUAACUAAUGGCAGCGUCAAUGGAUGUACAAUGUACUUUGACAAUCUUUUCUAUUUGGAUUUUGAAGCAUCAAUGGCUGACCAAAGGUCUCAAAAUGCCCUUAGGCAUCUAGAGGAGUUUGCUAAAUUUAUACGAGUACUGGGGAGCUACCCAACUUAUGCUAGCUCGACGUGAAUGCCCUUAAAUCUAAUCUGUGAAGGAGUGACUGUCUGGCAAUACAAUUAAAAACCGAUGACUGCACUGAAGUUUCUUAUUGUCAAUUCAGAUUUUGCCGGGUGCUGUGGAUGAAUCCUAGAGAUUGGAUAUGGAAUCACCCAAUUUUCCUUUACCAUUCGGGGGUUUCCCCUCUCCCAUGGAAGGUUUUUAGGAUUAUUCAGUCUCCAACCCUGGUAUUCAUCUUCAUAGUCCUGAACCUUUUUACUGAGGAGAAAUUGUUAUUGAUUGUUCUUUAUUUUCUUAGGUACAAACUAAAUUGAGAAUUUUUCUUAUAUCUUCAUGUAAAAUAUGUAUAUGAAAGCAAAAUCCCUUUAUCAAUAUUAUGAUGGUGAUACUAUCAGGUUUUCUCAC